ACUGAGGUUUUACAGCGUCGGCGUGUCUCUCCAGAUGUCGAUGAUGAGGAAGACUUCAUAAGUGACGACGGUAUGCGCUUCGAAGAGGAUGGUCGGAUCUCUCGAGAAAAUAGUGAAGGGUCAAAUGAUAUAUCAGAGGUCUCAGAAGGAGAUGAGGAAGAUGGAGAGGAAUGGGGAGGUAUAAACAGCUCAAACGGUGCUGUUCAGGAUUCAGAGGGCGACAAGCACACCGGCACAAAACCCAAGAAACCCCCGACAGGCGAAGAGCUUAGAGAUAUCAAGGACGCGACGAAUCUUUAUAGGUCUAGCUCCUUCAAGCUCCAAGUGCGUGCUCCAGUACUGCGUCUAAACUUGCGCUUACCCGCAUGCCUAGAUCGAUGCGCUCCUCCCGAAUGUUCGUCCAAAAUACGCAAAAUACACCCCACUAGAGCGUUUCCUCCUCGCAUUGCAUACUUUCCUCAACUCCCUUUCUCCUCUUGGACCUGAUCACCCCUUGGCCGCUGCGCGCAGUCUGCAAAAGAAAGGUAUCGCCGUGCCAUAUCCUGCACCCGCUCCCGCGGAAGACACCAAUUGGAAGGUCGCUUUCGAGACGCCUGCGGACAUUGCGAUUGUAGGAAGCUGGAUCUCAAAGCUGAGCGUCAAGGCUCAGGAUAAGACACCGUAUAGGGUGGACCUUGCUGUAGAGAUGCCCCUGGUGAGCCCUUACGGCAC